AUGGUGUCUACUCAGUUUCAUGCUCAGGUCAAAGUAUUCCAGACUGAUAACGGAGGUGAAUAUGUGAAUAACACUUUGGCAUCUUUCUUCCUUGCUCAAGGUAUUAUUCACCAAAUGACAACCCCAUUUACUCCUCAGCAGAAUGGUGUGUCUGAACGCAAGAAUCGUCAGUUACUUGAAGUUGCCCGUUCUCUUAUAUUGGAUAUGUCUGUUCCCCAUCAUCUUUGGGGGCAUGCUGUUUUAUCUGUUGCAUAUUUGAUUAAUCGUACUCCUGGUCGAGUUCCUGAUUUCAAGACUCCACAUGAUGUGUUUAGUGACCAUGUUUCCCCUGUCUCAGUCUCCAAGUUGCCCCUUAAAGUUUUUGGGUGUUUUGCCUAUGUUUAUGUCUACUCUCAUCAACGGAGUAAACUUGAUCCUUAUGCUCUGUGA